CGGAUCUGGGCUACCAUUCACAUGCGACAAUAGCAACCAGGGGACUGGUGGUCAAGGCUGAAGAUAUCUCUGCGGAAACACUGCAAGUAUUUCUUAAGACCAGAGCUCAAUCACUAAUACACCACUCAUCUCAAACACGAAAAAUCAUCAUAAGAAUCCUCUGAAACAUUCCGGCGGUCAAACGCUCGUCUGUCGCUGACAAAAGUUACGGCUGAGCUAAGCCGAUCUCGGAGAACGUUCAAUUUGAUAACGCUAUUCCGAGAACGACUACUCUUCCGCCGCUCUGCUCGAGCCAGCAACCAACGACCCCACCAUCUUCCGCCAGUCCUCCGCCAGGAAGAAAAGAAAAGAAAGAGAGAGAUUAUAAAAGCUACUCUCUGUCCUCCACGCAGAGUGUCUUCCUUCUUCAUAUGAUUCGAUGAGCGAUGCUGGAGACAGACAGCCCCCUGCUGCCACCCAACCGGAGGAGGAGGACCAGGAACGAAAUCACGAUCGCUAUUUCAAGAUUCUGCGUUACAAACGGUCCGAGUUCCUCGACCACCUGUGGCGGAAUUUAGAUCGGAUCACCUAUUGUUACUUUGGCUACCUGUACUAUCUUGAGUGAGUGCUGCCAAUUCUCUCCCUCUCCCCUACCGUUUUUCCGGAUCAAGGGUGAGCUGACCCAGUGCUUGGGGAUGAUAGCUGUAGCUUUUUUAGGUUCUCUCUCCGGUGUGCUAUUCAGAUGAAUUACCUCACCCCGAAACCUAUGGGCUUUCCUAUAGUGCCGCAGAAAAGGUCGGAUAUCAUUGCCCUGUUCGGCUCCGGGGGUUUUUGCUUUCUAUGGCAUGUUAUCGCAUCUGCACCCAGUGCUGGGGAGCUUACGAACGGCUAUCUGCAUGGUGGGUUAAUAAUAGAUUUUAUUGGACAGGGUGAGUUCAAGUUUCUUGCCCCUGCCAGUGGCUCUCUUUCUAAUUUGGUUGCUCGCAGAGGGCCCGAUAUCGAAAUGGCGGCUGGUGUAUAUGGAUUUCGCCAUACUGUUUCUGCAACUAGUAAUGCUUACAGUCAUUGCUGUGAAGCACGAUCACGAUGCUGAGAGUGUCCGGAUCGAGGAAGGCCGGCAGCCACCGCAGGACCUGGACAGUGAGGAGCGAGGAGAGACUCGAAGAUAUUCAACCUCUUCACAAGAAAGUUCUAGUGGAAGAAGCGCACGAGCGCAGGGAGAUGAAGAAGCCAUAUUAAUGAACGGAGAUGAGCCCGUUGCCGGCUCAGCGGAGACAAACAUGCAAAAAAGGACCUUUGAGAUAUCCUCCGGGGAGUACUUGAUCGCAAAGAUCGAUAUAGCAAAACACGUCAAGAAGCAAUGGAACAAGAGCGCCACAGUUACGACCGAUGCGCCCGCUAUGCCUCACUUAAGGCCGACAUAAGUUUUGGGAUUCAUAGAAGGAUAUCAGGCGACGCUGCUAUUGUGCUUUAGCCUUGCUUCUACGGAGGGUACUUUUUGCUUUGGAAAUGUAUAUCAAAUUCUUGUCACGGCGUUUGGUGUGAGCGAUGCAGGGUCUCGGAAUUGAAGGGUCAGAACUCUCUAAUCGGAGGGAUACAUAAUCCCCGUUUACCGUAAUGUACAAUAGGUUAGAAUAAUCGCAACUGCGGUGGAACCACUCAGAGAAACAGCCGCUUUUGUUCAAUACUAACCACGUGACAUUAUUUUUCAGGGGAUUAAGCCUCCAAGCCAAAAUACUCGUAGGUGAGUUACAGCAAAUCUGCAAACAGACCCUAGAGGUCCAAAAAAUUCCAAUGCGACUGCUAUGGAUACUCGAGGACAGUAAAAUCGAAUAGAUUCCCGAUAGGCAAUUAGAUCUACAGUGCCGGUGUCGCCAAUAACCCUCGCCGU